AUGAGUGGAAAAGAGAAUCGAAAUACAAGCGCGGGAAAUGAUGAUGGCGCUGAAGAUGAGUUCCAUUUAGGUGACGAACCAAAUCAAGAUGAGUUUGAAGAGGACGAUCAACAUCCUAGUGAAGAUAGAAGACAGUUAAGGAGUGGUUUCUCAGCCCAGAUGAAAGGAGCUGAGUUGAAGCAGCUAAGUCGUAGCAGAUCCGCUUUGACCGGCCGAAUUACUGCUAAGAAGAAUUGUUUAUCAAGACUAAUGGAAGGUACCGAUACCGAUAAGGUGAAAACAAUAUUGCGGCAAAUGAAAGAGCUGAUGGACAAGUUUCUUGGCUGUCAUAAUGAGUAUCAAGCACGACUUCCUGUGAAAGAGAGAGAACGGGACCAGGCCUACUGCGACACCAGGUUGGACGAUUAUGAACAGUUUGAAGCCGAAGUUGCGGGUUGGUUGGAUACAAUGGUAGUCAUGGAAACAGAGGGAUUGACUCAACCUGAAACUUCGAGAGGAGUAUUUGGCCGAAUUGACGUCCGUGCGUUGCCGUUUACGCCAGCACAUCAGUCAACGAGAAUGUCGGAUCCGUUACCACCAGAUCUUACCCAGAUUUCAAAUGUAACACAAGCUACCGAACGAGCACUUUCAGACAUUGCUGACACGCAAAGGGAUCUGACGAAACAAAUGAGGAUUCCUAGAGCCGAACCAGAGAUAUUUGAUGGAGAUGAGACCAAGUUCCGUGAGUUCUUCAUUGACUUCCAAGAGUACGUAGCCAAAUGGACCGACACGGACAGAGAGAGGCUAACACAGUUACGAGCAUACACGUCAGGAACACCGCAUGAAUUAGUGCGUGGCUGUGUCCAUCUGAGACCUGAAGAAGGGUACGCAGAUGCUCUUAGACUACUAGAAACAAGAUACGGAGCACCGUACGACACCAGCAGAGCAUAUAUCAGGAAAAUAUCAGCCUGGCCGAAGUUGAGUAUGAAGGCUGCAGAAGAUAUGGAGAGAUUUGCGAUUUUACUACGGGAUAGCCUAAAUGCAUUGACUGGACUUGGGCGACUGACUGAACUGGAACAUCCGUCCAUGAUGGCCCAGAUUGUGGAUAAACUACCUGACUGCUUAAGAUAUAAGUGGAUUAGGCAGGAUACAGAAAUUUUUACGAAAACUGGUAAUCCGGCUAAUUACCAGAACUUGGUUAAGUUUAUUGAAGCACAGGCCAAGGUAGUUAUGAACCCCAGGUAUGGCACCAGACAAAGGACCGAAGAGGGACCAAAACCAUAUCAAGGAGAAAGAAAACAAGACAAGUCACGAUCAAAUCCUGGAAAGCAAGCACCGCCCAAAGCUGCUUUUAGAGUAACAUCCAGCAGUGAAAGAUCCAAUGACAAGCCAGGAGAAAGAGAAGAUCAUUGCAGUUACUGUAAGGAAUUGCAUAAAAUCCAAGAUUGUAUGAAGCUUAAGAAGUUGCCAAGACCUGAGAGAGGUGAAUUUCUGAAGAAGACCGGGCGUUCUUUUAAGUGCUUGGAGCGGGGCCAUAUUGCUAAAGACCAUGGCAAUCAGUCAACCAGCCAGACAGUUGUGAAACCUGAGACCCCCAGUUCUGUAAACAAAUCAGAAGCUGUAAAGUCAGGAGAAGCCGUGAAAACUGUGAAAACAGAAGAAGUAACUUCAAGAAGAAUUGGAACCACUGGGAGAAUUGCAAUGGCAGUCUUACCAGUCAAGCUGAGAAGUUUGGAUAAUGGAGUAGAAGUUACUACGAAUGUAUUCUUAGACAAUGGAGCCGGAGCGAGUUUCAUCACUGAUGGAUUGGCGACCAAGAGACUUGAAGUCAAAGGCCUUUCCAAGGGAGAUGAGUGGAUCAAAUUGAAUGAACUCUUCACACACAGUACGAUUCCCAUCAAGCCUUGGGAGAUUCCCACAGAGAAUGAUGUUAGGAAAUACCCAGAGUUAAAGAAAGUUGAUCUGAAAGUUGUCAAUCACCCAGUUGAGAUACUCUUUGGAGCUAAUCAACCAGAAAUCACACGGCCAGUAGAGAUCAUUUCCACAAAAGAAGAUGGACCCUACGCUAUGCGGACCAAGAUCGGCUGGACGCUACUCGGACCUGUUCAGAGGGGCCGGAUGAAUAUUGCUUCAAGGCCUCUCCACAGACUUACCGUUGAAGAACUGAACAACAACAUGAAUGCUCACUUCAGCAGAGAAUUUGAUGACGGAUCACAGGGCGAAGAGAUUCGUAUGUCCAGAGAGGAAGAACGCUUCAUGGCUAAGUUGCGAGGAACCACCGCCUACACUGGAGAACGAUAUCAGGUCCGCUUACCGCUGAAGGAUCAACUUCCAGCAGUUCCAGAGAGCAGACCAAUGGCUGAACGUAGAUUAUCUGCAGUGUUGAAACGAAUGAAAAGAGACAAGAACUAUGCGACUGCUUAUCAGAGCCAGAUGAAUGACCUUAAGAAAAAGAGAUACAUCGAACGUGUUCCAGAGAAUGAACUUGAUGUAAAAAUCAGAUGGUAUCUACCACAUCAUGGUGUAAUCAGCGAGAGAAAGCAGUCCAAGUUGCGAAUCGUGUUUGAUGGUUCAGCUGAAAUUGAUGGAAUUUCAAUCAACAACCUGUUGAUGAAAGGGCCAGACCUGACAAACAGGCUAGACGGAGUACUACUAAGGUUCAGAGAGUACCCAGUUGCCGUUAGCAGUGACAUUCAAGCCAUGUUCCACCAGAUACAAGUACCGCCAGAAGAUCGAAAUUGGUCCCGAUUUUUAUGGGUCGAUGACCAAGGCCAGAUUGAAGAUUGGAGGUGGACAGUACAUCCUUUUGGAUCGAAACCUUCACCAGCCAUAGCAUGCCAUGCGUUGAACCACGGGUUGGAAGAACAGGCUGAUGACAGAACAAGGGAGAGUUGUAUCGCUGCUAAACAAACAUUUUACGUUGAUGAUCAUUUCGACAGCUUCAUAGACACUGAAAGGGCAGCAAAACACGUUAAAUGUGUUGACGAGACAUGCCAACGCUCAGGAUUCCUGUUGAGAAAAUAUGCCAGUAAUCAUCCAGAGAUCAUCAACUGUAUACCGCAGGAUCGCCACGUUGAAAUUGGGAGUGAAGUUAGCCUAACAGAAGAUUGUAAAGAGAUGCCAACACUUGGUAUGAACUGGAAGCCUGAGAGUGACAAGUUGACCUACCGAGCUCCAGAUCUCAAGGAAGUUAAAACCAGACGCGAGCUUUUGUCAAACAUGACGAAGCUGUUUGAUCCGUUGGGGUUGGUGUCACCAUGGAUAUUCAACUGUAGAUUGAUUGUACAGAACCUGUCAAGGCUGAAGCUAAAUUGGGAUGACCCUGUACCAGAAGAUGAACUUCGAAAGUGGAUCAACUGGAGAGAUGGAACUCAAGCUGUCACGGAGAUAGAGUUUGAGAGAUGUGUGACCACUUAUACACCUGGACCACACGAUGAACAUCAGCUACACGUGUUCGGCGAUGCAUCCGAAAGAGCACAUGGUGUAGCAGCUUACAUUAGCACCCAGAGUGAGGAUGAGAUUGACUCCAAGCUGAUCUACGCUAGAUCCAGAUUGAAUCCGCAAAAAGGAGAAACCAUGCCAAGAGCGGAGUUGGUUGCAGCUACGUUGGGAGCAAAGACUACUGCAAAGUUGAAGAAAGAACUACGACUACCGCUGCAGAAAAGUGUUAAUUGGACAGAUAGCACGAUUGUCCUUGAACACCUCCGAAAUGAGACCAUUCAAACCUCAGUCUUUGUCAGAAACCGAGUUGGGACGAUUUUGACUCUCACCAGAGUCGAGGAUUUGAGGCAUGUACAAGGCAGAGAAAACCCAGCUGAUAUUGCAUCAAGGGGCGGGACAGCCCGGGAUCUAAGAUCAAGCCUAUGGCAACAUGGGCCAGAGUUCCUGCGACUGCCUGAGGAGAUUUCAGUAAAUCGCAUAGAGGGACAAUCAGCAGCAGACAAAGGAGAAGAUCACACCAUUUCAGUACUGAAUAGACUCUCCGAUUGGGAAAGGAUCCUAAACCUUGUCCAGUGUAUGCUGAAGCCUUUCAACCCUGAGGAUGAGGUUUCAACAGCUGAUGCCAGAAUUCAUGCCAAGGUUGCAGUCCUGAGAACCAUUCAACGAAUGUACUACAGUGCGGAGUUACAGAGUCUGCGUGAGAAAUUGACAACUCCAAGAUGCAGCAAAAUUCGUAAGUUAUGCCCAGAGAUCGACAAAGAUGGCUUACUUCGCGUCGGGGGAAGAUUGAACAACAGUCUGCUACCACAUGAGGGAAGACGACCAAUCAUACUGCCAGGUGGAGAGCCAUUGGUACGAACACUCAUCCGCAGGAUCCAUUGGAUGGAAGGCCACGUCGGAAGAAAUCAUGUGAUCUCAUCACUGCGAGAACGAUACUGGGUCACGGGAGUCACAGUAGCUGUCAAGCAGGUUUUAAAGGAUUGCGUGUUAUGCAAGAAAUACCAAGCAAGACUCCAGACUCAGAAAAUGGGAAACCUACCUAUCGACAGAAUAUCUGCCAUAAGAGCUUUCGAGAAUUCGGGAGUCGACUACUUCGGACCGUUGGAGGUGAAGAUAUCAGGUCGUUUGUACAAACGGUACGGAGUACUCUUUUCAUGCAACUAUACUAGAGCCAUUCACUUGGAGCUGACUCGAAAGUUGGACACUCAGUCGUGUCUCUUGGCAAUCAGCCGAUUCACGAACCGCCGGGGGAGACCAAGGAAACUCAGAUCCGAUAAUGGAAGUAAUUUGGUUGGAGCUUCCAAGGAGCUGAAACAGGACUUACUUAAAUUGAACAAGGAGUUGCGGCUCCAAGAAAAACUAGCAAAGGAGGAGAUUGACUGGGCAUUCAACCCCCCUCUUGAGCGAAACAAGUGGCAGGAUGCAAAAUCAGACCUGCAACAGGACUAUAUCGUUGUGCUACAGGACACUUCAGUUGGUAGAGCCUAUUGGCCAGUUGGUAGGAUCGUGAACAUUCACAAAGGAAGUGACGGUCAUGUUAGAUCAUGUGAAGUUCGCACUCAGAAUGGAACCUACCGCAGACCAAUCACCAAGUUAGCCAAACUGCUAGAAGCAGAGGACUAA